AUGGGUAUCCACAACCUUGGCCUCUCGGCAGGCGGGCUCACCAUCGCCAGCUCGGGCCCCGGCACUACUGGAACCAAUCAAACCCUGUUGAAUCCCCUGCAGCAGGGGUCGCCGAUCAUCCAUGUGCCCUCCAGCACCGGCGCACUGGGCAUCUCCCAGCAGGGCACCCUGCCCCACCCGGGCCACCUGGACAUGUCCAGUCUCAUGUACGGCAAUGCCGGCGGCAAUGUCACCGCCCUCGGCAAUGGCCCUGGUCCUGGUGCCGGCCCCGGCGAUGCCCAGGCCCUGAUGGGUAUGUCUUCCUUGAACAUGGCCGGCGGCCUGCUUUCCACCGGGGCCGGCACCGGUCGGGCCUUGCUCCCGGCCGGAUCCCAGCCCGGCGGCCAUCUCCAGGUCCCCGACACCAUGGGCGACUUCGCCUCCAUGCAGACCCUCGGCAAUGGCGGCGGCCUCCUCCUCCCGCCCUCCUUCAUGCAGCAGGCCCAGCAGCAGCUCCAGCAGCAGCUCCAACAGCAUUCCCAGCAGCAGGUGCAGCAGCAACAGGCACAGCAGGUGCAGCAGCAGCAGCAGCAGCAGCAGCAGCAGCAGCAGCAGCAGCAACAACACCAAGCUCAGCAGCAGCAGCAGCAGCAGCAGCAGCAGCAGCAACAGCACCACCACCACCAGCAGCAGCAGAUCCAGCACCAGCCGCAGUCCUCGAACCAGCAAUUCUCCCUCGCCAACCAGCUGAGCAACUCGCUCGGCGGUGUUCCCCCCCAGCAGCAGGGCCAAAUCCUCGCCGGGGGCCACACCGGGUCGGAGCAGGCCGCCGGCGCCUCCUCCGGCGCUGGGGGUGUCCUCGUUGCCUCGGCCGGCCCGCUGGUGGACGCGGGCGGCACCUCCAGCAGCGGCUCGCUCCACUCCAUCGACGACCUUCUGGCCGUCAUCCGGUCUGAAUAUCUGCGCAUGACCAUGGAGCUGGCCAGCUCCAUCACCGACCGGGAACUCCUGAGCAAGCUCUUCCGCGAUCACCUGUCCGAGUGCACGGGCAAGACGCAGCAGCUCCAGAACCAGCUCCAGGUGCAAACACAGCAAGUGGCCCGGCUCCAGGAGCGUCUCCAGAGCGCGCAGUCCGAAUUGGAGAUGCUCCAUUCGGCCAUUUCCGCCGCCGGGAUCUCCCCCUCGUCGCUCUUCAACAAUCCAAUCGGCAUGUCGCCCAUGCACGGAGGCAAUGGGUCCGGAAAUGGUGGAGUCAAGUCGGUGGGGCUGUCAAGCUUUCCCUCCUCCCAAGGGAGUAUGGGCCCGACCGGCGGCUCGACCAGCGCCGCCUCACCGGUCUUUCAGUCGUCCGCCUCUCCGUCGCCACUGCCGGCCCAGCAGCAGCAGCAGCAGCAGCAGCAACAGCAGCAGCAGGGCACCUCCGGCAUGACAGCCAACAAUGGUGCGAUCCUCGGCAGCCCGGGCACUUCCAAGGACCCCUCUUGGCAGUUGCUCUCUUCGCUGGGCAACCUGUCGGAGAUCUUGCCCAAUUUGCCGGAGGAGCAGGUCCUCAAGCUCCAGAUGCUGCAGCUUCAGCAGCAGCAAGCUCAACAGCAGCAGCAGCAGCAACAACAGCAACAGCAGCAGCAGCAGGCCAUGCAGCAGCAACAGCAGCAGCAGGCCAUGCAGCUUCAGCUCCAGCAGCAGCAGCAGCAGCAGCAGGCUCAGCAACAGGCCAUGCAGCAACUCCAGCAGCAGCUCCAGCAGCAGCUCCAACAGCAAGCUCAGCAGCAGCAGCAGCAGCAGGCCAUGCAACAGCAGCAGCAGCAGCAGCAACAGCAGCAGCAUACCCAGCAGCGUCCUCAGGCGCCUGGCAUGCAGGUGGCUGGUGGCGCGGGCCCGGAGGACGGCGGUGCCGGUGAGUCCGCCAAGAGCAAGCGCCAGCGCACCUCCGAGCCGGUUAUCAAGUCCGAGGCUGCGCACUCUGCCGCCGGCUCCGGCACCCCUGCCCCUCAGCGGUCGGGAUCGCUGGAUCUGACGCCGAACCCGAAGAAACGGCCCCAUACCAUGCUGCCGAUCUCCACCCGGGGUGGCAGUUCACAGCCGAGUGUCUCCUCGCCCACCCCCUCCCCCUCGCCCGGGGAUAUUCUCUACAAGACGACCCUCGCGCACAUCAUGGAGCACGCGUCGGUGGUGUGCUGCGUCAAGUUCAGCCCCUGCGCGCGUUGGCUGGCCACCGGGUGCAACCACUCGGCCCAGCUGUAUGACUCGGCCACCGGGCAGCUGAAGUGCCGGUUCAUCAUCGAUUCGCCCAGUGCUGGCGGGACGCCCGGCCAUCACGCCGACAGCGGGGACAGCUCGCGCCAGGAUCUCUAUGUUCGCAGUGUCUGCUUCAGCCCGGAUGGUCGGCUGCUGGCCACCGGGUCCGAGGACAACCUGAUUCGCAUUUGGGACAUCGCCACGCAGAAGGUCCUCCAUGAGUUUGCCGGGCACACGGAGGACAUCUACUCGCUGUGCUUCAACCCGGAUGGCACUCUCCUCUGCUCGGGCAGCGGGGACAAGACCGUCCGGAUUUGGGACAUGCGCACGCGCAAGGCCAAGUUCAUCCUGAACCCGGUGAACCCGUCGAAGGAUGCCGACAUGGCCUCAGUGGCGGUCAGUCCCAAUGGCGCAUGGGUGGCCUCGGGCUCUCUCGACCACCAGGUGCGCAUCUGGUGCCUGGCCACUGGGCAGCUGCUGCAGACGCUGGCCGGCCACGGGGACUCCGUCUAUUCGGUGGCCUUCUCGCCGGACUGCCGCACCCUGGUCAGUGGCUCGCUGGACAAGACCCUCCGUCUGUGGCCGUUGGCCUUGCCCGAGGUUGCCCCGAGUGGCGGGGUGACUCCCGGCCCCAGCCCCGAGCCGAAGAUCAUGAGCGGCCACAAGGACUACGUCCUCUCGGUGGCUUUCUCCCCCUGCGGGCGGCUGAUCCUCUCCGGAUCCAAGGACCGGACCGUGCAGUUCUGGGACGUCGGCACCACCAAGCCGGUUGGCGCGCCACUCAAUGUCCACAAGAACUCGGUCAUCAGCGUGGACAUUACGGCUCGCCGGUCGGCCGGUGCCGCCAGCACCGGGGCCGCCGGCAUUCUGGACGACAUCAUCUUCGCCUCCGGCAGCGGGGACGCGCGGGCCCGCAUCUGGCAGCUCCAGGCUCGUCUGCCGGCGCCUUUGCCGCUGACCACCUCUGCCCCGGCCUCUUCGGUUCCGGCGGCGGCGGUGGCCGCGCCUUCCGCCGCUGGGGCGGCACCUGCCCCGGCGUCGGUCCUGGCCGGCAUCGCGUCCCUCAGUGCCGACCAGGCCGCCUCGUUGACUGCCUCGCUCCAGUCCCUACUCGGCCUGCCCGCCGGCGGGGAGAUCUCCAUCGCCGACACGCAGCUCCUGCUGGCGCAGCUGGAUUCCGAGGGGUUCCAGCAGCUGAUCGCGAAGCAUGCCUCGAAUGUGUCAGCCCAGCAGCAGCAGCAGCAGCAGCAGCAGCAGCAGCAGCAGCAGCAGCAGCAACGCAAGCUGGCGGCUACACCGGCGACCCUUUCCUUGCCAGCAGCCCAGCUGUCUGGCCGGUCGUCGUCCUCGUCGUCCUCGUCGUCCUCCUCCUCCUCCUCCUCCUCCUCCUCCUCCUCCUCAUCCUCAUCCUCAUCCUCCUCGUCCUCCUCGUCCUCCUCCUCUUCUGCGCCAGCCGGGAGCAGUCGACCCUCAGCUACGCCGGCUCGCCGGCCCUCUGGCGCUGCCUCCUCGGGGCCGGACAUCUCGGUACUGAUUGCUGCCUGCUCGUCGCAAGCGGCCGCCCUCAGCCCGGUGACUGCCAACCAGUCGGCAGCUUCCACCCCGGCCGUUGCUGCGUCUCCUGUCGGCGAUGUGGAGAUGGCCUCGACCGAGGCCACCAGCCCGACCGCAAGUGUCGCUGCCGUCACGGCGCCCGUCGCCGCCACUGCCGCUACUUCCACCUCCACCAGUGCGACGUGUGCUCUUCCGAUCCCCCCGGCCGUUGCUGCGUCUCCUGUCGGCGAUGUGGAGAUGGCCUCGACCGAGGCCACCAGCCCGACCGCAAGUGUCGCUGCCGUCACGGCGCCCGUCGCCGCCACUGCCGCUACUUCCACCUCCACCAGUGCCACGCCCACCUUGCUCAUGAUGAGUCAGCUUCUGCCGGCGACAGGCCCUGCCUCGCCAGGGACCGCGGCGUCGCCGCGCUCUACCUCCUCCCUCUCGCCGGCCCCGCCUGCACCAGGCAAGGCCCUCCCCACGGAGGCAGGCGCCGCAACCCCCGGGGGGCUGGCGCUCGCCAUGGCUGGCGCCCGCCCGACCGUCGCCGCUCCUUCAAAAUCCUCCUCGCCAGGGGCUGGGGCCUCCGCCACUCCGAUGCCGGAUGGCCUCCCAGCCCGCGUGUCCCCGGCUCCAGCGCCGCCAACCGCGGUCCCUGCCCAGGCCUCCCCCCCCUCAUCGCAAGUGGCCGCCAGCAAUGCCACCGCGGCUGCUGAGCCCUCGGUCUCCGCGGCCGAGGAGCUUGCUGUGGCGGCACUCCUCGGUGCUCCGCCCUCUUCGGCGGCUGCUCUGGCGGCCGUCGCUGCUACGGCACUCUCCUCCUCCUCUUCCUCUUCCCUCUCUUCGUCUGCCUCGCCCUCAGAUCGGAAGAGCACACGUCCCAGCAAUGCCACCGCGGCUGCUGAGCCCUCGGUCUCCGCGGCCGAGGAGCUUGCUGUGGCGGCACUCCUCGGUGCUCCGCCCUCUUCGGCGGCUGCUCUGGCGGCCGUCGCUGCUACGGCACUCUCCUCCUCCUCUUCCUCUUCCCUCUCUUCGUCUGCCUCGCCCUCGGCCCCGGUGUCGCCGACUGUGCCCGAUAUGCCGCCCGGAGCUGCUGCCGGGUCGUCCUCCUCCUCUUCCUCCGAGGCCGACACCGCGGUGGCCAGUAGCCCGGAGGCGGCCCUCGCACCGGCUCCCGCAUCCGAGCCCGCCACUUCGACGGCCUCCGAACCCGCGCGGCCAUCCGUCAGCCCGACUGCCGCUGCCGUCCUUCCGUCAUCUUCUUCCUCGUCCUUGUCUCCCCCGGCGGGGGCCUCGGCCCCGGCCGUCAGCCCCGGCGACGCCGCGCCCGCCCCCGCGGACGCCACCAUCCUCGCCACCAGCCACACACAACACCCCCCUCCUGUGGCGGUGACCGAGGCCGAGGUGUCGAAGGCCGCCGCCGCCCUUUCCCCCCCGGCGGCCGCCACCGCCGCCGCCACGGCCGAGCCUCCGGCCGGAGGACCAGCAAAGAAGGAGACAUCCGCCUAA